GAAGACCACAUCCCGGAAGUGAAGUGCAGUGCAGCUCUUUUCACGUGGAAGCUGAUUUUAUUGGACCAUGAGCUUUAAUUUUAGUGCUGAAUGUAGCCCGACUGCUUAAGCACCAUGACUGAGGUGUUCAGCAGUAACAGUGAGAUGGUGCUGCAGCGCAGUGUGAACGUGAUCCACAGUGAAUCACGCAGCCGGCCUGAAGAUCUACAGGAGCUUUAUCAGAUCAAGGAGACCUGUUCCUUUAUUACCAGCAACAAUUUCAAAAAGGUAGCUUUGCAGUUUCCUGAUGACCUUCUGGGAGAUUGUGUUGCAGUCUCUGCAGCAUUAGAGAGAGAAACCAAGGCAAAGACAUAUAUUUUAGGUGACACCACCUAUGGCAGCUGCUGUGUGGAUGAAGUGGCUGCCGAGCACGUCGGCGCUGACUGCAUCGUGCACUACGGCCGCUCGUGUCUCAGUCCAUCCACACGUCUGCCCCUUAUGUAUGUGUUCGGGAAGAGACCCAUCAAUGUGCAGGAGUGUGCUGCAGUGUUCAGAGAACUCUACCCUGACACUGAGAGUCAUGUGAUCAUAUUGUAUGAGGUCACCUAUUCACAUGCUAUAGAUGACUUCCAAAGGCUUUUGGGUGACACCUACCCCAACGCCGUGUUCUCUGUUCUCAGAGUGGAUCAUUCACACGGUCAGGUUUAUGGACCUGUCCAAGUUAGCAAUAACUCAAACUGUCAGGGCGACGGGUUUGUUCAUAAAUUUGGCCGGCAGUUUGGUUUAAAACGAGGAAAAAACGUGGACGACUACAGCAUGUUCUACAUUGGCCACGAGGGUCUUACUCUCACCAACUUCAUGAUGACGUGGAACCGUUGCGCCUUCAGUUCAUUCAACCCUGACACAUCAACAGGUCGAGCUGAAUCCAUCAACAUCAACAAAGCGCUGAUGAAGCGCUACUAUGCCAUUGAGCGGGCAAAGGAUGCCAGCGUGGUGGGAAUCUUGGUGGGCACGUUGGGCGUCGCCAACUACUUGAGCAUCAUUGAGCAGCUGAAAGAAAGUAUUCGCAAGGCUGGCAAGAAGAGCUACAUGUUCGCGAUGGGGAAGAUCAAUGUACCAAAGCUGGCCAACUUCCUGGAGAUUGAUGUGUACGUGUUAGUCGCUUGUCCAGAGAACUCGCUGCUGGAUUCUAGCGAGUUCUACAGGCCAGUGGUGACGCCGUUUGAGAUGGAAGUAGCCUGCAACAAGCAUCGCGAGUGGAGCGGAGAAUACAUCACUGACUUUCAAGACCUGCUGCCUGGAGGGAGCAGUCAUGUGGACUUUCCGGAGUCAGAUCAGUCCACUAAUGACGAGACAACAGAUGUGUCACUGAUCACUGGAGCACUUCGCACUUCCUGUUUACGAUCCUCUUCUGAGCCAAGGGAUGGUUCGUCAUGGUCUUCUUCAGUUGUGGUCAGGAAUCAGACUCUAACCGUGGCCAACAUGAAUACUGCAGCCUCCUUUCUCGCAGGUCGGAGCUGGCAGGGGUUGGAGCCCAAGCUGGGGGAAACACCAGUAGUAAAAGCUGUGGAGGGAAGACGCGGUAUCGCUAUUGCUUAUGAGGACGAGGGUACGGACAGUAAAGACAACUUGACCUGACCAUAAAACACUAAAAUACAAGAAACAGUCUGGAGUCCAGAAGGAAAUGAGAAAGAUCACUUCUGCAACAUGUUGCAUCAUAUUUAAUGUAAAGCCCAGAGGAGGUGUGUUUGUGCAUCAAUCCACCGAGACUGGAUAGAAGUGUAAUGCCAUGUUUAAGCUCAUGUGACUGUCAGGAAUAUUUUCCAUAUACAUGAUGCUGAUAAAGAAAAGGUAUUAUUUAAAGUAAUCUGAAAAUUCCACAAAGGACUUUUUGGUAUAAACCAAUAGUGUGUUUCAAUACAAUUCUGUAUUGCUUCUUAUGCACAGGGAUGUAGACUGAUCUGUGAGCUUCUGCACUCAGCAAAGUCACAAUCAUGUGUUUUGGGGAAAAUAAAUCAACUGGAAACCCAAACUAAACACACCAGAAGAAGUAUCCAACCUCCUGGUUUGAGGUUGUAAUUAAAAGCCAAUGAAUAACCGGCAUUAAAGAAAUAUACACUCGA